AUGUCUCCGCUGCGCUGGGGCGCUUGGCUGCUGCUGCUCGCCGGCCCCGCAGCCUCCACCGCCAGCCCGGCAGACGAGAGCGGCGGGGCGCGGGGCGGGGGCCGCGGGGACGGGGAACGUGGGGCCGGGGACGAGCCGCAGCGGCAGCACCACGACUCCUCGUACGGCACCUUCGCCAGCGAGUUCUACGACCUGCGCUACCUCUCCGAGGAGGGUUACCCUUUCCCUACUGCUCCUCCUGUGGAUCCAUUUGCAAAAAUUAGAGUGGAUGAUUGUGGAAAAACCAAGGGAUGCUUUAGGUAUGGUAAACCUGGAUGUAAUGCCGAGACUUGUGACUACUUUCUCAGUUAUCGUAGAAUAGGAGCCGAUGUCGAGUUCGAGUUGAGUGCUGACACUGAUGGCUGGGUGGCAGUAGGAUUUUCUUCAGACAAGAAAAUGGGCGGAGAUGACGUUAUGGCUUGUGUUCAUGAUGAUAAUGGAAGGGUCCGAAUACAGCACUUUUAUAAUGUUGGUCAGUGGGCUAAAGAGAUCCAGCGAAAUCCAGCUAGAGAUGAAGAAGGGAUUUUUGAAAAUAACCGUGUGACUUGUCGAUUUAAACGUCCUGUGUAUGUUCCCAGAGAUGAAACUAUUGUAGAUCUUCACUUGAGCUGGUACUAUUUGUUUGCUUGGGGUCCAGCAAUUCAGGGUUCUAUAACUCGGCAUGACAUAGACUCACCGCCUGUAUCAGAGCGUGUUGUCAGUAUUUACAAGUAUGAAGACAUUUUUAUGCCAUCAGCUGCCUAUCAAACCUUUUCUUCUCCAUUCUGUUUGCUUCUUAUUGUUGCACUGACCUUUUAUUUAUUGAUGGGAACCCCAUGAUCACAGCUGGAUAUAUAUGGAAGAUUGUGAGAAUUUGUUAGUGAGAGUUCCUCAGGAUGGAUGCAUUUUCUGUUGGAAUUCAUAUCACAUCGUCUAGCUGCUUUGUUGACAAUUUCAUCUUCUCAGCAAGGAGAUAACCUCUCCUUUGAGCAGUAAAGGUGUGCCAAAUAAUUAAGAAUAAUCAAGGAGCAAGUAACAAACCAUUUCCAGUGUAACUACUAGUUGUUUAAUGAAAAAUACUUUUGUAAAGUGUGUGUGUGUGUAUGUUGGGGGGAAUUUAGUAAUGGACAUGUAGAAUCAAAUUAUUUAAUACACAGUUUCCUUCAAGAAAUAAAAGUUGGGGAAAUAUUUUCUGUUAAAUACUUGUGGUGCAGAUAGCACACCUGUUUCUGAACUCAGAGUCAGGGUAAUGUCACAGCACUGAUGUUUAAUAAGGACUGCUUUGUGAUAAUGGGCUUUCAUCUCCCAAAAUACUUCGAAUUUGACAAAAGCAACUCACAGGCCUAAAUGGUUCUGGUGCUUUCCAAAACCAGAAAAUGCUUCACGUUCCCAGUACAAACAAAAUUAAACUUUCCAUUACAGAAUUCUAAUAAUUGUCUGUACUAUAAAAAUAAUUCUUAGACACAGCCAUACUUAAGAAGCUUUUUAUUAAUGAGAGAUGAUGGUAAAUAAACAAGGAUAAAGAAAAUUAAUGCUGGUAUAAAUUCUUCAUGAUACAGAAAAAUUCCUAAAAAUAUAGAAGCCCCUGCAAGCCAUAAGACAUCUUCCAAUAGGCAAAGUAUGUUUCUUUUUUUAUGAAAAAAUGUUACUUAGAUGUAAAUGUCUUUUAAACAGCUGUUUUGCAGUAACCCUAAGGUGUCUGUUCUCACCUUGCUAUGUGC